AUGGAUAACCAAAGCCAAGCAUAUUCCAUGGAGAAAAUCCAAAGGGAAGAGCAUGAGAAGUUGAAGGAGACAAAAGUCCGGUACCGCGGCGUCCGACGGCGGCCGUGGGGGAAGUAUGCGGCGGAGAUCAGAGACCCUUCUAAGCAAGGGUCAAGGUUGUGGUUAGGAACCUUUGAGAGUGCUGAAGAAGCAGCUAGGGCAUACGAUCAUGCAGCUUUUACCAUGAGGGGUCAUGUUGCAAUUUUGAAUUUUCCUAAUGAGUACCGUUCUCAUGUUAGGGUUUAUCCUCAAAAUUUACCAUCAUCGUCGUCGUCAUCAUCUGUUGCUCAUGCAAAUGGUGAACAACAAAGACAGGUUUUUGAGUUUGAGUAUUUGGAUGAUAAGGUGUUGGAGGAGCUUCUUGAGUUUGAAGAAAAAAAAUAA